AUGAUUUUUUUAUCUAGUCUAUUUAUAACAUUAUAUAGCUUUGCAUUAUAUCCCUCUUAUAAUGUCUAUCUAACUUAGGGAGAAACUUAUUCCCUACCUUUGAAUGAAUUAUUUAAAGAAAUAAGACUUAACUUCACUAUUUUGGAUUGCCCUAGCAAUGUUCAAUUAUUUAAGACCUUAAAUUUAUUAUCUGAAUAGAAUAAUAAUUAAAAAUUUACUUCAAUUUCCUCAUCAUCUCAAUACUACUUACUAACUACUUAAGUUAAUGUAUUAAAUUUGUAUUUUUGGAAUUCAGGCUAUUUAAAUCUCAUAAAUAAAAUAAAAUUACCACAAUAAACUUGUUUGAAUGCUUUACUAACUAAAGAAGAUUCAAUAAUUGUAGACUGCUACAAUUUGAAUAAUUUAAGUAUUUAUUUAUAUCAAAAGAAUUCCUGGACAAUUGCUUACUCAGAAUUAACUCAAUAAAUACCAAAAAAAACAGACCUUAAAUAAUUUAUAAGUAAUUCAAUUAACUUUAUUCUUUAUGCAUAAUAUUAUGAAGAUAAUUAAAUCUUAACACAGUUUUACUUUAGUCAAGAUUAAUUAUACAAUUUUUCAAUUUGGACAUAACCAUUUAUUAACUUUAUUGUUACUAAUAAAUUGCAAUCUCAAAAUACAAUAUACUUAUGGAAUAAUCAAUUCUUAUAUAUAUUAAAUGUUACUGAAUAUGAGUUGUAAUCUACAAAUAUUGUUUAUUUCUCUUAAAUAAUAGAUGUUUUAUUAUUCAAUCCAUAGAAUAUGUUUUACUAAUGCGAUAAGUUAUUAAUAAUUGCUCAUGAUCAAAGCUUAUAAUUUCAAGUAUGUAAUUAGAAUACAAUGAUAUAAGAAUAUUAAAAUUAGAUCAACCUUAAUAAUGUGAACUACAUCUCUUAAGCUUUCUUAAGUAAUUAGUUCUUAAUUUUAUAAUUAUUUGAUCUAAUAGAGAUUUACGAGAUUAUUGAUUUUUAUUUCAACUUAAUUGGAGGACUUCAACUAAAUUCUUCAUUUUCUUAAGUUUCAUUUGAUUAUAAUAGCAAUUAAUUAUUUAUAUUUAGUGAUACUGAGAUUACGACUUACUAAGUAGCUUAUCCUAAGAUAAAAUUCGAAUCUGAUUAGAAUUUGUCAAAUUAUCAAUUAUUUAUACAAGGAAGUCCAUAUUAGAUAAAUUAAACUGAUGCCUAUAAAUGCUAAAAUUGUAUGGUAUAGGUAAAUGUUAGUGUUCUCUCAAUUAAUGAUAACAACACAUAUUUAACUCAUGAGAUUAGCCAUUAAAUUGUAAUUAAUUUUUUAAGUCAACAUUACCAUAAAUUCAUCUCAUAAUACUCAGGUUCCCUCUUAGUUGCAAAUUUCUCAGUUGAUGAAUCAAGCCUUGGAAACUUUACGGAUACAACAUUUCGAAAUAUAGGCUCGAUAAAUUAGAAAUUCGAAAAUUUACAAUUUUUAAGUGGAGGUUAUGCUGUUGGAAUAACAAACCAAACUAUUGUUUUAAUAUCUUUAUAAAUGUAGCACAAUCAUUUUAAUUAACAAAUUAUGAAUUUUAUUGAAUGUAAUUGGGAAAUAUAACCACAACAACAAUUUAUAUUAACUUUUCUUGAACCAUUUUAAUAAUUCUAUUUGCUAUUUUAAUAAAUUGUACUUCUGCUUGAAUCAAACAUAAUUUAAAUUUGUAAUUUUUUUGAAGAUUGCACAGAUUUAUAAAUUAAAAAUGAUAUAAAACCAGUUGGUAUAGCAUUGAAUUAACAAUUAUGUUCAUCAACUUUAUAUAUUAAUAACAAUCAUAAAAGCAUUAUUGUUGGCUAAAUAACAUCAUCAAAUACUUAUAUUAUAUUCAGUUAAAUAGAUGUUAAAAUUCAAGUUUAAGAUAUGAAAAUUGUAAAUAAUCGGUUGAUAUUAAAUUAUUAUUGCUAGUAGAAUUAAUUUAUUUGUUUUUAAGUCUGGAAUGUUGCAAAUUUGAACUCCCCAUAUUUUGAAAAGAAUUUAAGAAGUAUUUUGAACUCAAAUAAUAUUUAAUUAUUUGCUGAUAAUCUAUUUUAUUAUGUUCAGACUAAUAAUUAAAUCUAUGUUUAUAAUCCAGUUGUGCUUGAACAUUCUUCAUUAUUUUAUACAUUUAACUAUAAUGGAUCCUAUUUUACGACCACCUCUAUUUAAUCUAAGGCUUUCAUUUCAUUCAAUUCUUAAUUUUACUAGCUAUUUCCAAUCUUAGUGUAUUCUUAUCAAACUACAAUCAAUAUGUUCCAGAAUGAUAUAACACUUUUGCUUAACACUUUUAAUGCUUCAAUUUCAAGUUAAAUUGGAACUCAAACUUUUAUUGAUUAUAUCUCCAAUUAAGAUAUCAUCAUUUUGAAUAAUUUUUUGUAGAUUCAACCGAAGAAUUAAACAUAUAAUGUUUCGCAAAGCCAUGUAACAUUAACAUCAGAUAAUAUAACUUUUAGUGGAUAAGUUGGAUGGUUUUCAAUAAGUUGUGAUGGGAAAUCGAAUUCUCAAGUUAUCAAUAUUUUAAAUUUUACCUCUAUGCGUAAGAAUGUGAUUGCUGCAUUUAAUAAGUAAAUUUUAGUUUUAGAUUACUACCAGUAAAAUUAUUUAAUAUGUUACUUAUAAGUUUAUAAUAUAACUUCAAAAGGGACAAUAAAAAGGGUAUCACUCUAAUAAAAAUAUCCAAAAUAUUGUUUAAACAGAUUUGCCUAAAUGAAUGCUUAAUAUAUAUUUUUAGUUUGCGCUCAGACUUAUUAGCAAAGCUAUUUAGGAUAUGACUUAGUUAUGAUCAAUAUCACAAACGCAUCAUUAGGUUAAAUGACUACCUUAUCUAAUUUUACAAUAAUAGAACUAAGUCCAAUACUAUAGGAUGAUACUUUAUAUAUUUGCAAUAGAUACUAAAUUUCAAUCUAUUAUAUAAAUUAGAAUAUUUUUUAACGUAUCCAAACGUAAUGUAAUUUGAUUAGUUUUCAGCUCUUUGUUUAUCAGAAUUCUAAUUACUCUUUUUAUGCCAAUAUUUAUUUAUGCAAAGACGAUCAGAAAUUGUAUUAUCAAUUAGGAAAGCGUUAUUUACAAGAAUAAAUUUAGUUUAUUUCGGUUAAGUUUAUAUCUAUUGAAAAUUUCUUCUAUUUAGAUUCUUAUAUUGUAGGAAUUCUUAUAGUCUCAGAAUAAAAAACCCAAUUAGCGAUGAUGUGUUUUACCAAUUAAAUUAGCUUUAUUAUCAGGCUUAACUAUACGAUUAAUGAAUCCGAUUUUUAGCAAUCUACUCUAGCAUUCAAAAAUUUAUUGUUUUAUUCUCCUCCUUAAAGGACUAACUAUUUAUAUUAAUUUAAAUAGGCAAUGAUUUCUAGUGGUUUGGUGGUUGUGUAUUAUUAGAGUUAUUACCCCCAAUACUUGGAUUAUUAUGUUCUUUAUAAUACUUCUUAUUUAAAUUUUACUUUAGGAAAUUAGGAAAACACAUUCUUAUUUUCUGCUAUGUAAUAAUAUUCUUGUUGUUAAAUUUAAUGUAUCGUAACUUUCAAUAGUUCUUAUGGAUUCAUAUUUAAUUAUGAUUAAACCAUUCUAAUUAAUAGCUUAAAAAUUGAAGUUCAUCUUUAAAACAACGCAACUUAAUGCAGUUUAUAAGCUUUUAAUUUAGGAUAUAUGGCUAUUUCUAAUUACACUUUUUAUUUUAACAAAUAAUUAGAUUUCGGAUUUGAAUAUGCUUUAAUCGCAUUUUUGAUAAUAGUUUUCAUAUUAGCACUAUUUUUUUUAUGGUAUAGGACGAAAGAUUAGGAUUAUUAAUUUGGGCUACAAGAAUUUGAAGAAUUAGAGAUCGAUACAUUCUAAUAAUGA